AUGACCAAGAGGGUAGCUAUAAUCGGCGCCGGCCCCUCAGGUCUAGUCACAGCCAAAACCCUGCUACAAAAUUUCCCAAAAGGAACAUAUUGCCCGGUAAUCUUUGACACCCGACAUGAAAUAGGCGGUCUGUGGCCUGCUGGCUUUCCAGCUUCGGAUGCAUCUACAUGUACCAAGGAUGAUGGUGAUGGCACGCCUGGGACAUUAGACCCGCGCAUGCGGACGAAUCUUAGUCGGUUUACAGUUGCUUUUUCGGAUCUUGCUUGGGGAUCUGUUUUCCCAGGGCAGGAUUUGCCGUUGUUUCCUCGAGCUAGUCAGGUGGGACGGUAUUUGGCUGUUUAUGCUGAGCGGUAUAUUCCGGAGGAUGUUUUUCGGUUCGGGUGUCGAGUUACUAGGACGGAGAGGAUUCACGAUGGUGGGUGUGCGAAGUGGACUGUUCAUGCAAAUGGAGAUCAAAAAUCCUCUGAUCAAGUCUUUUCAGAAGACUUUGACCACCUUGUUCUUGCUUCGGGCUACUUUGCCCAGCGGUAUAUCCCUGUCAUACCAGGUCUAGAAAAAUUCCCCGGACGGAUCAUCCACAGCUCAACCCUCCACCGCGAGCGAGACAAUCUCAAGGAUAUCACUUCCCAAGGCCAGACCGUGAUUAUCGGCGGAAGCAUGUCAGGCGUCGAAGCUGCAUCAGCCAUAGCCCUUCAUCAAUCCUCCACGGCAUUAUCAAGCGACAAAAUACAUCCCUCGCCAUUCCAAGUUCACCAUAUCCACUCACGGCCAUUCUGGGCUCUUCCAACUUAUCUCCCACAGGAGUCCAACGAAACUGCUUCUUUCCUACCCUUGGAUCUGGCAAUGUACGAUCUAGCCCGUCGACCACCCGGUCCGAUUGAAUACGCACUUGGUCCGAUCUCAGAGGAAAAGGCUCUCAAGACUAAUGGUUAUUUCCAGUCUCUGCUUGGGGGUGAUUAUGAGAGAUAUGGUCAUAUGCACACCGCACAGGGUAGUGGUGAGAAGGUCCAACCGCCGUGGGUUGCUAUUGGCAAUGACUACGCCGAGUUUGUGCGAGCUGGGGCUAUAAAGGCGACCAUGGGCCGGGUUAUUUCGGUGCAAUCGAAUAAGGAUAAAAAAGUCGCUUCGGUUGCAUGCAGGCUUCCAAAUGGAGAGUCUGUCAUGGUUGAAGAUGUGGCGGCGAUCGUCAUGGCUACUGGAUUCAUGCCUCAUAAAUCCCUCGCGUUGUUACCAGAUGAUGUAUUGUCUAUUCUGGAAUACUCCAUAGAAGAUCCUUUCUCUCCUUUAAUCCUCGAUAAAGGUGGUACUGUCCGCUUCGAAAUGCCAGAUCUUGGGUUUGUCGGAUUCUAUCGGGGCCCUUACUGGGGUGUCAUGGAGAUGCAAGCGAGAUAUCUUGGGAAAUUGUGGUCCGGGCUGGAUGAGACUGUUUCUUGCCAAACGAAUGAUCAGAGGGACGGACUUCGGAGUCUCAGAUCUACCGAUUUACUCCUUGCUCGUGGUCAGUUUCCUAUGGCGGAUUAUGUCGGGUUGAUGGAGUCUUUUGCAGGGGAUUUGGAAAUUGAUCGCUCUGUUUUAUCGGGUGAGAGCCGGUCUGGCCCUGUGGUUCCUGCUCGGUAUCUUUUUGGCAGGUUCAAUCGAGAUCAAGACCUAAAUAUCUCGGACGAAGAGGCUGUGGGGACAUUGGAUGACUUGCGGAAUAGUCUGGUCCAUGAUCAUGAUGCGGCACAAAAGGCUGCGGCGUCAGCUAUCUUCCGCGCUUUACAUGGUUCAUGGAAAUCCACCAAGAAAUCCGCAAGUUCAAGUGCUUCUGAGAGUGAAGGUGUCACCGGCGAUCUAACUUUCUAUCCACGAUACCCAACCAAUCCUGUUUACGACAGAGAAUAUCUCUGCGAGGAUACCCCGAUUGGACAAUCACCCUCGCAAGAAAGGAAUCGAUUCAUCCUGCGCUUGGCUGAGACAGCGUCUGAUAAAGCUACCUCUCGAAUUGAAGUUUGGUCGGUAGACUUGGCAGACCAACUGUCAGCUGGUGUACUUGUCCAAACUUGGGAGUUGGAACCUCUGUGGCGAGAAUGGAGAGAGGAAGAUGUUGUGACGGGGGAGUAUGUGAUAUCUGCCAAGAGUCUUGAAUCGAGUUCUGGAACUAGGUUUUUGUAUACCUUCCAUUUCAAGGGGGUCUCGAUAUCAUCUUGGGAUUACUUUGAGUUAGAAAAUGGCGUGGAGGAAGGUGAUAAAUUCAUGUCCCGGGUUGUGUAUGAAAGGUCUGCAUAA